UCUGAAGCCAAAAAAAUUUAUUUCUGUCUAGAAUAUAUAAUACGUAUAUAUAAAUAUCUUUAUAAUUAUGUCUGAUGAAAAAUUAAUAAAAACAAUACAAAGUACCUUCUCAUUAUAUGGACUUGUACUUUCAAGAAAACUUAGUGUUGCACUUGCUAAAGAACUUUUAAGUAUAGAAGAAAAUGAACAGGAAAAUUGGCUUACACAAAUAAUAGAACAUGUUUUGACUCAAAAUUUAACUGAUCCAAAUGUAACUAUUGAAACUCUAAAGCUAGCAAUACAAGAAUAUAUAAGACCAAAUACAUUAAAGGAUACAGAAACAGUUUUAAAUGUUAUAGAUAUAUUUGAUGUACCUAAAAUCAAAUAUGAUUUAUCUAAAAAAAAAUUUAUUUUGGAAAAUAUUUCACCAGAUUUAUAUGCUGAAGCACAAUAUAAAUCUAUAAUUUUUAAAGACAGAUUUGAAUUACUUUGGUAUAGAACUUUAAGACAUGAAUUAUUUAUACCACCAAAACUUGGUGAAAAAAAAGAAAAUUGGAUUGAAUUAACAUCAAUUGAAUAUCUAUUGAGUGAAAGCAAAAAAGGAAAUGUUUAUGUCAUGGGUCUUUUAACUGAAUUAACAGAGGGACAAUAUUAUUUGGAAGAUACAGGAGGUUUUAUAAAACUUGAUCUAAAAAGAGCAAAUUUUCAAGAUGGUUUAAUUAUGGAGGCUUCUAUUGUAAUAGUUAAUGGAAAUUUUCAAGAAGGUAUUUUACAUGUAGAAAAUAUAGGUUUGCCACCAGCAGAAUCAUCUAACAAUGCACGUGUAGAUUUUGGUAAUACUAAUACAUUUGGUGGUUCUCACAAUUUAUCUUUGAAGUUUUCAGAAAAAUUAAAAAUUUUUGAAGAAAGUAAUAAAGAUGGAAUGAUUGUUUUUGUAUCUGAAAUAUGGUUAGAUGAUGUAACUGUUUUACGCAAAUUUAAAACUAUGAUAGAAGGAUAUUCUGAAUGUCCUCCUAUAGCUUUUGUAUUAUGUGGACAUUUUUUAAGUUUUUCUACUAAUAUAUCAAGCAAACAUGCAUUGAAAAAAGGACUUAAAAAUCUUGCUGAUAUAAUAAUACAAUAUCCAGAUAUAAAACAAACUUCCAAAUUUAUUUUUGUACCUGCAUCAGAUGAUAUUGGAUCACCAAAAAUUUUACCAAGAUCACCACUUCCAAGACAUCUUACAGAAGAUUUUAGAAAAAAUAUACCUGGUGCAAUCUUUACUACUAAUCCAUGUAGAAUUCAGUAUUGCACAAAAGAAAUUGUAGUGUUAAGAGAAGAUAUAUUAACAAAAAUGUGUAGAAAUGCACUCCAUUUUCCAAGUCAAGGCAAUAUCUAUGAUCAUUAUGCUAAAUCAAUCAUCUGUCAAUCUCAUUUGUCUCCUUUAAGUUUGUCAGUAAUACCAAUAUAUUGGAAAUACAAUCAUUCUUUACAAAUAUAUCCUACUCCAGAUCUUAUUGUGGCUGCAGAUAGAUUUGCAGAAUAUGAAACUAAUUAUUCUAAUUGUCAUGUAAUUAAUCCUGGAUUGUUUCCAAAAAAUGAUUAUUCGUUUAAAGUAUAUGUUCCAGCAUUAAAUUUAAUUGAGCAUUGUGCUAUUCCCAAAGAUAAGGAUGAUGUCUAAUCAUAAAUUGUUUUUAAUCUUUGAAAAUAAAUAAAAUAAAACAUUAUUCAAAAAUA